AUGAUUGCUGCCCUCCUGGCCAUCAUCGCCUUCUGGCUCUGCACCGCCACGGCACGCAGCCCCCCGUCCAACUCCUCCGCGGCGCGAUGCUCCAAAGACCGAUUCCGCCUCCCCCACAUCAAGGGACUGGCCCUGCUGUCGAUCGAAGCACAGUUGGAGAGUCUAUUCCCGCCGGUAACAGACCAGUCGAUCCGAGUCGGCUGUUUCUGCAUGGUUAGUAUCAACGUCACGCAUUACGAUGUCGAUGACAAUGUCUUCAUGAAGAUUGGGCUUCCAAUGUCUUGGGAAUGGCAUGGCCGCUUCCAAGCCCAAGGUGGUGGCAACCUCGCCACAGGCAAUUUCGACCACGGCACGGCUCUGUUCGCUGGCUGGGCCGUUGGCUCCACCGACGGUGGUCAUCAAUCAGCCGACUGGCAUGACGCAUCCUGGACACUGCACGAAGACGGUACCAUCAACUGGAACCUGCUCGAGAAUUUUGCCUAUCGUAGUGUCGCCGAGCUGAUUGUCAUUGGCAAAGCUAUUGUGGAGCAAUACUACGGCAAGAAACCACACCACACAUACUGGAGUGGCUGCUCAACUGGUGGCCGGCAAGGCUAUACAAUUGCGCAGCGCUCUCCUGGCCUGGUAGAUGGCAUCCUUGCCACUGCCCCCGCCAUUGGCUUUGUGCGUCUUUUAACGGCCGGUUUCUGGCCUCAGCUUUUAAUGAGGACGAGGAACAUCUUCAUGUCAAAUUGUGAGCUGGAGUUUGUGAGACAAAAGGCCAUUGAGCAUUGCGACGUGUUGGACAAGGUGUGCGACGGCAUCCUCGAAGACCCCGAGCAGUGCGACUUUGACCCUUGGACCCUGGUCGGCGAAGUAAUCAGUUGCCCAUCCGACACGCCCGUCUACUUCACACAAGACAUGGCCCAGCUCGUUGCUGAUUUCCGCCAAGGACCAAAGUUACGACUGGGUUCGAAUGUACCAUCAGGCCUUGCUUAUGGUAUCCCGUGGACCACCUUGGCUAAUAUAAGCACGACUGAUGGUGUCCGCUCCAUUGCGCCCCAUCUGGCUAGUGCUAGCUGGCUCCAAAAUGUCAUGCUUCGAAACCCUAAUUACACCUUGACCAACUUGGAUGAAACCACAUGGUCGACACUCUUUUCUCAGUCCAUGUACGAAUUCGGCAGUCUUUUGAACGCGGACAAUCCAGAUCUAUCGACGCUUCGCGACUCAGGCACCAAGCUCAUGACCUGGCAUGGUCUCGACGACGAAAUGAUCCCCGUUCAAAAUACAAUCGACUACCGAAAGCGCGUAGAGAGCAUCAUGGGCGGGCCACGUGAGGUUGACAAGUAUUAUCGCCUGUUCCUUGCCCCGGGCGUCGAGCAUUGCGUGCCGGACGGGAAAGGCCCCUAUCCCAAGGAUGCGCUCAAGGCCCUAGUGGAUUGGGUUGAACGGGACAUUCCGCCCAAGAUACUAGCAGCGGAGCGGCCAUGCGACUAUUCCAACCCAAAGCAGAACCACACGAUAAUCUGUCGGGACCCGCUACAGACGAGGGACCUCUGUCUCUGGCCUGCAAAGCAAGUGUACGUUGGUGGAAACCCCCAGCAUGCUUUGAGCUGGGCCUGCGCCGACAGUACACCUACAAACAAGACUUUUGAGACGAUCAAACACGCACAACCCGACUCCGCGCGACUAGCUGUGGCUGAGCUGAUGGCGGGCAACACCAUGACCCUGUGAAAUGAAUGGUGCCCAUUGCCGCCCACGCCUGAUGACGCUGAUCAGCGCCCCCUUUAACGUAUCUUAGACGCCUAUCACAUGUUAAUUUCGGUAUCUUUAUUGAUCGACACUGGUAGAAUUUCUUUUUUUGCUUGUUUCGAGGCCAAGCAAAGCUAAGCUCAUGGCAGACGACAAUUGCAUAGCGU